AUGGACCUUGUGAAGGCGGCGAAUCCAAUAAGAAACUUCAAGCGGAGACAAAGACACUUCGAAUUUUACCGCUCGGUUGGUUGUGCUCGAACUUCUGUAUCUGGAACUGAAAUUGCCACUGACUACACGUGGGUUGUGUGUCGCUUUUCUCCUCACUCGGAGACGGUUCUCUAUCUCGGAGAUGAUGAAGGCAACAUAGGCAUAGUGGAUGUAGCUCCCUUAACGGGCUCUGAUCCCAGUCCCCGAGCGGUUCUUCUUCAAAGUUUCCCUGCCCAUGAUGCCACAGUGAUGGACGUGUUGGGUGUGCCAAAUAAUCCAAAUCAACUGCUUUCUAUCUCCUGGAGAUACAACUGUGCG